AUGGCGGAGACGGCAAACCCGCCGCCAACAGUGAAGGGUGAUAGUAAAAGAACUGCCGUCAUGUCAGAUCAAGAAAUAGUCGCACGAAUCUUAGGAACAUCUGUGGCGCAAGCGAAUUGGUACGCGGCUAACCCAGAGGAAAUGUAUUUUAUGGUCAAACAAGAUGUUAUGCACGAGUUCUCGAACCAAAUUGAAUACGACUACGCCUGUUAUCGAGGAACAAACAAAGGUGUUUACAUUAGAGACGACUAUUACGUUUCUUUCUACCAAUGGUUUAAAAGCGAUGAGUUCACAAAACAUGUUGGUGUAAAUUACACAUUCAGCGAUCCGUACCUUGUUGGCAGAGCGUGGACACCGAUACGGACGGAUGAUGCGACAGUAGACGUGUAUAUCUCUGUUAGAGGAAAGAAGUCAUUACUCCCUGCAGUUCCACAAAGAGUAAGAGAUCAGUUCGUUGAAGCAUUUAGCCGAAAAUUUGCUACAGAAGAAGGCGAAGAAGUUCUUGUUAAACACAAUCGAAUCUUCUUAACAACACCUACGCUCAAAAUCACUAUCACUCUUGUAGUAGAGCCAAAUCCGCCGUUUGCUGUUCUACUGACAUCGGCGUUGAAUCAAUACGAUGACUUCUUCGACAACUUCUCGGCUAUGUCAUUUUUCAUUCACAGAAUGUUUCUUGAUAUCAGAAACGGUUGUCAGGGAACUCAGCGGCUUGUGGUGCCUUCUUCGCAUUCGAUCAACUGUCUUAUCAUCUUCUUUCUACAGUUUUACGAGAUGAUUCCACAUUUCUUUCAAUCUUCAUCACAUAGUGAAAGUUAUCUGCAAUCCCACCCAAUGGAAGACAUUAUCAAGUACAAAUAUCCAGCUUAUCAUCCAAGCAUGUAUCAGCAUUUCAAGGAUUUUGAAAAUUUGAGACGAGAUAGAAAACCGAAAAUUGGAGAAGUCGUUCUGAUGUUCUUCUUCUUCUAUGGUUAUCUUAUUGAUCUUCCACAUCAGACUUUGAAUGUUAUAACGACAGAAGUUACGUGUAAAGAGGAUAUAGACUCUGUCGCCCUCUCUAUCACAACUGUAGAUACUAAAACAGGAAGCGAAGUCCCGGAUGCGUAUCGUUUGCAAAAUCUAUUCCGCGAAGCUUUUAACUUGGUUAAAGAUGCUCAAAAUCCGCACACUGUUACGAAGCGUCUCUGUCGAAUGCGACUAGAUGAUUCAUUCUAUUGUAUUCGUGAUAGAAUCAUGAGGUCCACCAAGGACACGUUCGAUGUUGUACAUAAAGCGUGGUGUGGAACGACUGAUCACAUUUUAGAUGAAAAAUAUCAUUUGAAUGCAAGAGAAGUCCACGGAAUGAUUGUAACAGAUUGUAAUCCAUGGAUCCGGUAUAGACGAAAGGAAACUCAAGAUUUGUAUGGCAAAAGAUUCCCGAAGAAACCUUUCUCCGAUUCAAUGCAUCAAAUGAAAACAUAUUUCCGAAGACCAACGAAUUAUCAGAAUUGUAGAACCAUUCCAACUUUGGAACAUUUGCAAAAAAGAGCCGGAAGAAUGUUCAUGACUACAGUACUUGCAAAUCCCAAUAACCACUCUGAAUUGUCAGUCAUUUUCCGUCCACCAAACUGCAAAGCCGCUCGCCUGAGACCGGUUGUUGAUCCCGUUCAGGAAUUAUCUAUGUGGAGCUUCGAAAUGCCUUAUCACCGCGAACCCAACUUUUUUGAGUUGGCGAGAAUGGGAUGUUACGAACAUAUGAGAGAGAUUGAACUAUCCAAGAAAUUGGGAGAAGGUUCAUCUUGGGACAAAGAGGAUCAGAGAUGGAUUCGUCUUCGUGAAAAAAGUAUUCGCGAAAAUUACGCCACAGAAAGAAACGACCUGGUUACUGAGGAUGAUGAUACAUCAGGGGAGGAUGAACGCAAGAUGCCAACUCCUAUCGAAGCUCGUGAUUUGUCACUAUCCACUGAAGAAAUUCCAGGAACUUCCACAGAAACUGAAUCCAAUGCAACUAUAAACGAAGAAACUACAACUGAUCCUCUUGUGGUCGACGAUUCUGAUGCAACGGAUCUCAUGAAGAAACUGAGUGAACUUAAUGCAAGUGAUCUAACAUUGGAAGAGAAAGAAGAAUAUCUCAAAACCGAAGCAUUCUCGCCAUAUUUGUCACACGAAAAAGAUAUUGUCAACGAAAAGGCUCGUGGAUUGGCGUUUUUUGUAUUUGCGGAAAGACUUGCGGAUUCCUGGACGAAUAUUGAACUGGACGAAGAUUAUGUGAGCGCAGAGUCGUACUCGCAGACAUUACACACAUUCUAG